AUGGUAUUGCUCAAGUCAUGCUUUUCAUUGGAGCCAUUAUUCUGUCGAUUCUUUUAUCUUUUUGGGACUUUUGUCUAUCGUUAUCGUUGGCCAAUGGUAGUUAUUCCACCUUUACUUUCGGCUUGUUUUUCUGUUGGAUUUAUUUGGGUUUUUGAUUUGCGUGUAGAUGAUCCAGCAUAUGUCUUCACACCGAGAGAUGCCAGAUGGAAGCGUGAACUUGGAACAUUUUCAAGACUUUGGCCUUUAGAUGAAAAUAAAUUUAUUGCUGGAAAAUCAUUUGAAACAAAGCGUUUUGUCAAUAUUCUUUGUAAGGCUAAAGAUGGAGGAAAUGUUUUACAACCUGAAAUUUUGGAUGAAAUUGAUUUACUUAAUCGUUUUAUCUCAGAAAAUAUAACUGUUCCAACAAUGGAUGGACGUUUUCAACUUAGCUAUCAGGAUCUUUGUCUUGGUUAUGAUUGGAAAUGUUCAGCAAAUGAACACAUUGAAAUGUUUAGACAAAUGACACAAGUUGGGCGUGUUAUUGAAUUGACAUACCCAAAAGGAGGAAAUAAAGAUACACCUGCAUAUUUGGGUACAGCAAUAGGUGAUAUAAAAUUAAAUAAAACUGAUGGGACUGUUCAAGCUGCAAAAAUUAUUCAGAUGUUCUUUUUUCUGAAACAAGAACCAGCAAAUGUUCGAAAAUAUUCUACAGAUUUUGAAUAUGCUGUCGAACGUUUUUUGUUACAUGGAUUUGAAUCACCUUUAAUUGAUAUUUCUUUUGCUCAUUAUCAAUCUAUUGAGGAUGGUUUGGAUGAAAAUGCUCGCAGAUUUUUUCCAAAUUUUGUUACUAGCGUUAUUGCCCUCACAAUAUUUUGUAUUGCUUGUGCUUUUACUUUUCGCGUUCAUAAUGAAAAUAAACAAAAAAUAUCAAUUGAUUGGAUUCGUUCAAAACCUCUUGUAGCGUGUGCUGGUUUAUUAACAACACUUUUUGCAUUAAUUUCUUCAUUUGGAUUACUUUUACUUCUAGGAAUUCCAUAUAAUGUUAUAAAUACAAUUAUACCAUUUUUAAUAAUUGCUGUUGGUGUUGAUGAUAUGUUUGUAUUAAAUGCUUGUUGGUCAGCAACAGCAAAGAAAAAAACUUUAACUGUUAGUGAAAGAACAGCACAAAUGAUGAGAGAUGGAGGUGUAGCUGUUUCUAUUACAAAUAUAACAGAUAUUUUAGCUUUUUUGGUUGGUUGUGUUACAGAAUUACCCGGAAUUGAAUUAUUUUGUAUUUAUGCAUUUCUUUCUUUAACCUUUUUUACGGGUUUUAUGGCAAUAAUGGGAGAAGCAGAAGAACAACAACGUCAUUGUAUUUUUCUUUACAAAAUUAAAGAUGAUUACAAUGGGAAUUUUAAUAAUAAACAAAAAAUAGAAAAAUUGGAAGAUGUAAAAGAAAAUGGAAAUAAUUCGGCUGCUCUUUCUUCUAAUGAAGGAAAAAUGAGUAAUGGAAAGAUUGAUAGUACAAAACCUUGUUUUAUUCAAAAUAUUCGAAUAGAACCAACUAGACAACAAUUAAAUAAAACAACAAUAAAAGCAUUGCAACAACAGCAAAAUAAAAAUUUUAAAAAUUGUGAAAAUUUUUCUUCUUUUUUUACUUCAACUUCAACUUGUAAUUCUACAUCAUCAUCAAAUUUUUCACAUCAUUUUUUUACAAAAUAUUUUGCUCCAUUUUUAUUAAAUAAUUCAAUACGUUUAUUAAUUUUUUUAUUAUUUAUUUGUUAUAUUUGUUUGGCAAUUAUUGGAUGUUUAAAUUUUAGAGAAGGUUUGGAACCUAGUCAUUUAGUUACUUCUGAUCAUUAUGUUGGAAAAUAUUUUGAAAAUAUGAAAAUUUUUUGGAAAAUGGGAGCACAAUUACACGUUGCGGUAUUAAAUCCACCAAAUUUUACGGAUCCUUUACAAAGAGAACAACUUAUGAGAACAGUUGAAGCAUUUGAAAAUACACCAUAUACAAUGGGAAGAGAGGGAACAGUUUUCUUUUUCUUGGAAUUUUUAAAUUAUUUGGAACAAUUAAAUGCUGAAGCUGAAAAUACUGAAAGAAUUUGGAAUCAUAAAUUACGUUCAUGGCUCAAAUUUACUGGUGCUAGUAAUCAAUGGGAAUCUGAUAUUGUUUUUAAUCGUUCAAAUAAUGAAAUAAGUGCCUUUAGAUUUCAGAUAGCAAUGAAAAAUAUUGUAGAACCAAAUCAACAUAAAUUAUCAACAAAAUUACUUAGAGAAAUUGCUGAUAGUCAACAACCAUUUAAUUUAGAAAUUUAUCAUGAAAUGUUUCCAUUUGCUGACCAAUAUUUAAUUAUUUUACCUUCAACAUUAAGAAAUGUUUUUAUUUCACUUUUAUGUAUGACUGCUGUAGCUUUGUUACUUAUUCCAAGUUUACCUUCAGCAAUUUUAAUUAUUCUUUCAAUUAUUUCUAUUGCUACUGGUGUUUUUGGUUAUAUGACAUUUUGGGGUGUUAAUUUGGAUGCUGUUUCAAUGAUCUCGAUAAUUAUGUCAAUUGGAUUUGCUGUAGAUUUAUCAGCUCAUAUUGUUUAUGCUUUUGUCAGUGCACAAGGGAAGGAAUCUAAAGAAAGAGUUAUUUGUGCACUUGGACAUAUUGGUUGGCCGAUAUUUCAGGGUGCUGCUUCAACAAUUACAGGCAUUUCAGUCCUUUACACUGUUGAUGCUUAUAUUAUUUUGACAUUUUUUAAAACAAUUUGGUUAACAAUGGUAUUAGGAAUGGUUCAUGGGUUAAUAUUCAUUCCUGUUUUGCUCAGCAUUUUGCCACUUGGUUUCUUUCAAAUUCCACAACAACAAAUAGAAUCCCAAACAACAAGUUUAGAAAUUAAAAAUGAUUUUUAAAAAAGAUUUUUUGUUUUACUUUUUUCAAUAAUUAAUUUUAAAAACGGGUUUUAUUUCUCGUUCUACUUAAUAUUAACUUUAAUUAUUUAUUGGAAUAUAAUUUAAGUUUUUUUUAAAUUUUUUUUAUAAAUUUUUGUGGAACAUACGAAUCUUAACAAAUGUUUUUUUCAUUUUAUACUUUUCAAUUUUUAAAAAUCUUUUCUGUGCUCAACGUUUUGAAACAAUUGUACAUUGGGCGUUUUGUUCUGGACGUU